ACCUGCUUUUAAAGGGAAUGUUGGAUGACGCUCUGAUUGGUUUAUUUCACGUUACGCCCAAACCACACCUAUGAAUAAUGAAGCUACAUCAGACCAACCCAUUUUAGAUUUGCGCCGGGCGCAAGAGCCUUUAUCCCGCUGGGAAAAUAACAACAGUGCCGAGACCCGCCCACAAACUUACUUGCGCUUCGCGCUUUGACACUUGCGUUUCAGAUCGUUAAAAUAGGGCCCACUGUCACUAACUCACCAGCAGAGCUUUCCACAUAAAAAAGUAGAUCUUAUUGCAUUAAACCAUACCUGUUAACAACUUUAGUAAAUCAAGCAAUAUAUCUAUGAAAUAUCAGUAUAAAAGAGCAGCAGUUGCUUUUAAAUAUUUAUUUACCAUUUCUAAAUGGCAGGACCACUAGCUUUUCAGAUCCACUAUGAAACUAGAUCACAGAUCUCACAUUAUUGGAAUGACUUUUUCCUGUCACAACCAGCACGACCCCUGGUUAUUUUCACCAUGAGCCUCAGGCAUACAUUGGGAUGUCAGAUAUAAACUCAUAAUAUCUCACUGCCUCCAAGAACAACACCUUGUUAUUUAUUUAUAUUUUAUUUGUUUGCACCUUGCAUGAUGACUUCCCUGAAUGGUGACUAUUUAGACAUAAUAAAAAAAAGAAUAUGGAGUCUGACAAAUGCUAGUCUCAUCUUUAGAUACUCUUUGUUUUAAAAUUAAGAGUUAAAGAGACUGCUACAGUUAGGGCUUUUUUUUAGGAAAAAUCGGUUUGAAACAGACUUCCAUGGAGGCACUUAGUAGCAAGUAACCUGUUAUAGAAAGCAAACUUUAUAAGCAAAGUGUGUUACGUAUGUAUUUUGUAUUAAAUAACCCACACUUCUGAUUGCAAUUCUGAUUGCAUAGUCUGCACACAUUUACUGUUUGUUCAUCUUCUGUUUUCUUAUUGUUUGCUCUAUAACGGCUCAUGCAAACUGCUGAGACAUUGUUUGAUUGUGGGAUUUUUUUUUUUUUUUUUUAUUAUUAUUUCUCACAAAUGGUCUAUUACACUGUGGUCUGUUAUUGCUCCUAAAUGGCACACACAAAUAAAAUAUAAUUUUGAACAUCCACAUUAAAUCACCACAGCAACUAUACUAACACAUAAAAAUAUGUAUCUUGUAAUGUAAAAUAUUUUUUGCUUAGUAACAAACUGUCCUUCUGUAUAUGAGUCAGUUUUGAAUCACCAUAACAUAUUUUAUUUUCCAUUUCUGGGUUCUGUCAUUCUAAACCGUAUCCAUGAAGUUCAUAUUGCAGAAGCUGAUCGUCAGGUGUAGAUGAAUCUCAUCAGUUAGAUCCUCCUUUUUCAGUAGACUGGAGAAGUUCAAAUGAAUAGGUGUUAGAAAAGCUCAUCUCACAUUCUCAGCUGAGUUAUUUUGAGGGAAAGUGAUAACACGGCUGUUACUUUUAAAUGCUGCUUACGUUAGUGUCGUUUCAGAUAUGAUGCAAAGUGCUAUGAACAACUUCAUAAAAAGGUGGCAAGUUGUUCCUCUGUGAACUCCAUGUCAUCUAUAUUUACCAUGUUUUGCACAAUUUUCAAUGAAAGAAUGAUUACAUGAACAAACGCAUGAACAAAUAACUGAAUCAAACAGUCAUUAAGAAUGGAGGUGUUUACUGUACAAGUAGAAUAGCAAACUGGAAUAAAUAAAUAUUGUUUCGGUUUCCAGGACAAUGUGGACCUGGGGGAUCUGAUGUUUUCUCUGUGCUACCUACCUACUGCUGGACGACUGACCAUCACCAUGAUCAAAGCAAGGAAUCUGAAGGCCAUGGAUAUCACUGGAGCUUCAGAUCCUUAUGUGAAAGUUUCUCUGAUGUGUGAUGGACGGAGACUGAAAAAAAGAAAAACCUCCACCAAGAGGAACACAUUAAACCCAGUGUACAAUGAGGCCAUAGUGUUUGACGUCCCUCCAGAGAACAUUGACCAAAUCAGCCUUCUCGUAGCUGUUAUGGACUAUGACCGUGUUGGUCACAAUGAGGUCAUUGGCGUGUGCCGAGUAGGUAAUGAUGCUGAAGGUUUGGGCAGAGAACAUUGGAAUGAAAUGUUGACGUAUCCACGCAAACCCAUCGCACACUGGCACCCUCUCAUCGAGUAUCACAGUACUGGAGGGGGAAGUCAGGGAGGUUCCUGUAAUUCCUUGAAGGCCCCCCCUUCACCAUAGCCUGAGGUCCAAGGUCUCAUCUUUAGAGCAACAAUAGAAGAAAAUUCAUGCACAAGAUGUUCUGUCCUGGGAUUCAGAAGCCCAAGAUCAUAGAGCUCCAGUUGGCAGUUCCUGUCAACAGAGGGAAUGGUGUGCCAUUUACUUCUACCUGUGCACCUGGAAGCCCUUCCACUGCAUGGGAAUACUUGAUUGUUUCAGCUGCAUGUUGAGUGGUCACAUACUGUAUGGUUAUUUUGUGCAACUCAUGGUGAAUUGGAAAAGAACAUUUUGUGGAAAAAAAGUGGAAAAUAAUAUUUUUUUGUUGUUCUCAACGUUUCGAUUUCAAGUAAAUGUUUUCUAAAUCAGUCUGUGUUUUAAAUGGAGUGUCAGUGUGUCACUCAGUGCUCUUGAGGAUAGAAUGUCAAUUUCCCCUUUUUAAUUUAUACCCUCCCACAGCGCAUGAGUGUGUUUUGGUGUGGUGAAGUUCAAGAUGUUCUCUGUUUCUUGUUUGAAAUGCUCUGUGGAUUUUGUCAUAAAGCAUCAUGGUGGUGAAUUGUUUACAGACUUUGCAAGUAAAAUGUAAUUUCUCAUGUUAUUAAACAUCUAUUUCUUACAAAAC